CGUGUUCGGCGGUAGCGCAGAGGAAGAAGAGGAAGAAGAAGGAGAAGACCGCAGCCCGGUUCGCUCCUCCAUUCAGCGAGCGCCCGAUCAGAGACACGGACUCACCGAGCAGAAGUAGAAGGAGCAGCUGACAGAGUCAGGAGAAGAGAGAGACGGAGCGGGAAGAAGAGGAGAAGAAGUUGAGCAACAUGUUAACCACCGUGAGGAGGACUUCCUGUAGACCCGCUCCCUCAGAGACCGUCUGACUCCUCCGCUGCGCAGCGCUUUCCCCCCGGUCUCUCCUCUCCGUUUUUAUUUUUUUCACUUCUUCCUGGGGGGGUGGGUGGAUAACUGAUCUCGUCCUCCGUCUCAUGUGAACUAAGAUCCCCCCCCACCCCACCUACCCCCCUCCUCUGAGCUGGAACGAUGCGGACCUCUCAUGAUACCGUUGGAUUUGUUUUCCUGGCCGGAUUCUGUGUUCAGCUGGGAUUCUCCUUUGAAGGUCGCUUCACAGACCUCCCCUCCAACAUGACGGUGAAAGAGGGUCAGAACAUCGAGAUGGCCUGCGCCUUCCAGAGUCGGACCGCCUCUGUCUACUUGGAGAUCCAGUGGUGGUUCGUGAAGGCUCCGGAGCCGUCAGACAGCCAGGAGGAGAACGUGGAGGACCAGGAGAUGGAGAUGAUCCAAGAGCCUGAUCCUGAUGAUGAGGGGACAAAAAUAAGUACAGUGAAGGUCCAGGGCAACGACAUCUCACACAAACUGCAGAUCUCCAGAGUCAGCAAGAACGACGAAGGACUGUACGAGUGCCGGGUGACACGAGCUAACUACGGCGAGAUUGUGGAGUACAAAGCUCAAGCCUGGCUGAAGAUCAACGCCACGGCCAGGCCUCGACGGCCACUGCCCCCUGCCAAGAAGAGCUCCCCGCUGCACCUGACAGACAAAAAGCCCAGAAAGUCCAGCUCAGCUCUGGGCCAGGACAACAUGAGCUCAGACCAGAGGAUGUCCUCCACAUCCAGCUCUCACACAACCUCCAACACAGCUAAACACAACCCUGGCUCAGGAACAAGAAUAUCAUCCAGCGCUGGACUCGUCAUCCCUGUCCUGGUCUGCAGCCUGCUGAGGGCGGCCUUGUUAUAAUCUGAAGAACAAUUCUUGGUUUGCUCCCAGAUCUUGGCCCAUCUAAAAAAGGGAAGAAAGAAAAAAAAUGAAAGAAAAGAUUGCUUGUUUUACUUCCUGGAAGUGAGCUCUCUACAUCCCUGAACCCACCCCUCCUCCUUCAGCACAGUUUGCUUCUCACAUCCUGCUCUUGCACCUAGCACAUCGCUGUUAGCCACUAUAAACACCAGUCACAUGAUCCAGCCCACCCUAUCAGACACAUAGACUGGAUCUUGGUUGGGAAGAAGACCUUUACGGAGGUUUCACUGUUCAUGUGUCCAUUGCUGAAACUAAAGAAGAAGAAAAAUCUCUAUUUGUGUUGUAUUUAUGACUGUAGAUAUGUCUGUUUGAUUUGAACCACUUAGACUCUGUAUGUGCUGUAAACGUUAGCUGCUGCUGCUGAUACUCAUCAUGGAUCACCGUGAAGAGGAGCUCCGGUCCUCUGCACAGGAGAUACAUCACAUCGCAAGCUAUCUGUUCACUUAGAUUAUUGAUAGUACGAUUUUGGUUCAAGGAUUAUUUUCCAUCCUGUAAGUGAUCCAUCCUCAGAUGUGCAUGCUUGGCCUAAAGGAGAAAAAGACAGGAAACCCUUAGAAAACCAGAAGCCGACACUUUAAUGUUGCAAUAUGUUGAACUGAAGUUUAUUUUAUUUUAUUUUUUGUGCUAGCUUUGGUGUACAAAAAAAUGUCCCUUUUGUCAUUUUCAUUUGUAUUGCAUCCUCAGCUGGAAUAAAAAAUAAUUUCCUAUUUAUGAGCAGAGGUGGAAAGUGUACCAAAAUAACAUAUUCAUAUAAAAGUACAGUUUGUGGGAAUUUUAUUCAAGUACAAGUAAAGAUACUUGUAAAAGGUUCUAUUCCAGUAAAAGUAAAAAGUAAGUUAUUAAAAAUGUAUUAUUUCGUAGAAGGUACUUACUUUUUCUUACAACAAGAGGGAUUUCUCCUGCGGUCCACAAAAGACGGAAAUGUUUUUUUUUCUCAAACAAAUGAUAAAAUUAAAUAAAAAGACUCAUAAUUUUAAAUACAGUUGCAAAAUAAAACAAGCCUAUCAUAUUUAUAACAACUAAAAAUAAAGAAAUAUGUCAUUUCAGCGCAGAACCACAGGUCUGAACUUUUUUUUUGAAAAAAAAAAACUGCUGGUAGAAAAACUCCUAAACAAACCACCCUGAGCUAGAUUUUGAUUACAGUUAAUUUUUUGUUGCAAUGAUACAGUUCUUACUUACAGCAAUAUGAGAAGACAAACAGUAAGAAGUACAUUUAAAAAAAGAGAUAUAGUGGAUUUAGUUUAAAAAAAUAAUGUCAACUUAUUCCACACAACUGAACUAUGUAAAGGUACCACAUUUACUUUACGUUACCUUUACAGUCAAUAUAAAGUGUUAUCUUUAUUUAAUUCAGCUGAGUGGAAACAGUUGACAUCAUAUUUUAAAAAUUAAAUCCAUAAUAUAUGUUUUUUACGGAGUCUGCGAGAAGACAUGUGGGGGGGCGGUUCUUUUCUUUUGCAUUCCCACGUGAUGCUAUUGAGUUAACUCGCAAAUACUUUUUGCAUUCCCUUGCAAAAGCCAUUUAUUACUGCUGUGCCUGCCAGUUUAUUAACAGAUUCACAUGCUCACCAUUACACAGGAGUUAGCCUACUAAUUUAAUUCAGCUUGGAAACAAAUAUGCCACAGCCAUGCAUUGAUGUGUAUAAUAUGCACUUAUUUUAAUCGAAGCUACACAAUAUCGCCAUCAAUUUCCAACCAGAUAUUUCUAAAUAAAAGUCUGAUUUAAUGCAGUUCAUACAAAAUAUUAAAUUUUUGCAUGGGAAUGCAAGAUGGUAAUGUGUGGGAAUUCAAAAAAUAUAUAAAAACAUGUCUUAUUUCUAUAUAAAAGAAUUAAUGUUUUUUUUUUAUAAAGUUUUUUAAUCUGAUGCCAGGAGAAACAGCAGAGGGCUGGACUGGGAAGUGAGGUUAACAGUUUUGCUGCUAUGUUAAGUUGAAAGUCUGAGUUUAUAGAAUCAUAGAGGAGGAUUUUUUUAGCCUGGUUCAGUCACCAUGCUAACAGAGACAACUCCUCACCUGUUGCUCCAGAACAGGUGAGGAGUUCAGUUUCAGUUUGAACUGUCAGUAAGAAGCUCCGCUCUGCCUGUGCACGCCUGUGAUUCAUUUCUUAAAGAGAUCCCAAAUAGAAACAUCAGACUGAAGCAACAUGAAUAUAUCAUAAUGAUUCCAUCCACUGCUGGAAGAUUUUAAAGAAGCACAUCAUAAACUUACAAAACUGAAAAUAUCAUUGUCAUUUAAAAAAGCCAGUCAGCGUUCCACACUUACUGAUCAAAUGUUGGUGUUUUAUUUUUCAAACUUACCAACAGCACAAUGUUUAUUCAGGAAUAUAUUUGCAUUUUAUGAUUUGAUUUAUGAAAUUUAACUUAUGGAUUCAAAAUUUAGGAAAAAAGCAUUCCUUUUGACCAGAUUGCAUGUUUAAAUGGAUUCACGUAACUUUCAGCAAACAUGUAAAAUGUGCUUAAAAACAUGAAUACACGCAUACUGUGCAUCUCAUGGAUUUCAAUAUGCACAUUGUACAAAAUAUAAUAAAAAACAUUUAAACUGUUCAUACAUACACUAAAAUAAUUAAACUACCACUUUAACUUUCAUACAGCGGCUGAUUUGGUGUGACUGUUAAUAAAAAAAUUCUGGUUCAAAUUUUACUGGGACAUUGUUUCCCAACAAAAUUUAAAAACAAUAUUAAACUCAGCAUUAAUGAGUAAUCAGCUACUGUUUAAAUAUAGCUGGUUUUUACUGGCAUAAACAGACUGCAAUUACAGCUGUAAAAUAAAUAAAAUAAUUUUCAUCAGGCUGUGUUUUUAAUGUGACCAGUCUGUCAGUUUUUCCACUUCCUGAUUCUCUGACAUGGUUUUAGAUGUGAGUUUGGGAGUUAUUGAUGCUCUCUGUUUAUGAUCUCAUUUGCAUAAUUAAAAACAAUGUAAAGCUAUUCAAUAUUAUCAGUGUCAGGUAUUGGUGUUUGAGUCAUUUUCAAAAAACUAUACCAGUCUUGUUGUUUAAACUCACCCCUGCAUGCCUCUCAACGAUAUUACCGCUAACAGCAGAAUGAAUCAGCUUCCUUUCUUUAAAAUGAUUCGAGUUUCUCUUAAACAGGAGUUUAUUUCAUUUGCUUUAGUUCAACUUGAAGUCAUGGUGGAUGUUUAGCUGUUUGCCAGAUAAUAGGUGAAGUGCCAACAAAUGCACGAGCUGAGUUUCACUCCAUGCCAGUAGACAAAGCAGCCAGAUGAAUGGGCGGAAACAUUCUUGCCAAAUCACACACCAGUUGACUGUAAAGACCCAGUCAGGUGUUAUGUUGCACUUGUUUUUUCUCCUGAUUUUAUUUACAUUGUUACAUUCAAUGUAUGGGGUUUUAAAUGUAAUACCCACAUAGCAGAUAGGACGUGGGCCAGGUCUGGCAAUAAUAAUAGCACUGUUUUUAGGAUGGCAUGCCAUAACUGGCCCCGUUGUGGUUUGGUUUAUGUGGUGCUGGCCCAACCACUUCUGAACCACCAAUGGGCCGUCAUUCUUUGUUAUAACUACACUGACUGAGGCCAGAACUGGGCCAGACACAUUUUCUAUGGGGAUAAGUAUAAUACUUUAAAUAAAUUAUACCAAAAAAUGUGGAAUUUUAAAUAAAUCAAAAGUAAAAGUCCAUAAAUUUCAUAUUCAGAGACAGUAACAUGAGUAAAUGUAAUUCACUACUUUCCACCUCUGUUUAUGAGUUAUUAUUGUAAACCCUGAUAUAUUCGCUUUGACGUCGGAGGCUGAGUGCCUUCAGGGUGUGUCUUAUUGCUGUACUGAACUUGUAUCACCUUUAGAUCAGGAACACAACACAUAAACUCAUGCUUCAGGUUAAUAAUAAAACCAGUCAGACAUUAGGUUUAUAUUUGACAUUUAGUGCGCACAGUUUAGUAAUUUGAGGGUUUUUUUUUUAAGUAGUUUUUUUUUAGUUCACAGAGCAUUUCUGAACACAACGCUUUGACAAUCUGAUAGAAACACAAAUGAAGCAGUGGCUGGUCUUCAUAGUGCUCAUCACAUUCUCUAAAAUGAUCUGGAACUAACGUAUACAGAGCCGUUCCAGAUUUCAUAGCAACGCUAACAGAAACUUGUCAAUAAGACUGGACCAGGUUGAUGAUCUGAGGAAUAAUCACUGUGGGUUGGAUUCUGCUGUUUUUAUCUCAGAACACAUUGGCACCUGUUUUUACUUAUGUGAAGUCCAAACUUUGAGGUUUUAACAAAUUCAGGUCAAAUUGUUCUGCCGUCAAAUUGUAGCCUUGCAGCUUGGGUCACUAUGUAUCCUUAGAUUUUAGUGGGGGAAAAAAGGCCAUUUGCCACAUUUCUUUUAGUUCUCACCUCAUCCCCCUCUGUACUCAGACCAUUUCAUACCUCAGCCAGUUUUGUUCUUGCUUCUGUCCACUUCGUACCUGCCUCAGCCCACUUCAUGCCCACCAUGGCCAGACUGUAACCAUCUCAACUCAUUUUGUAUCUAGCUUAGCCUGCGUUGUACCCAAUACAUUCCUGCCUUCCACGAAGGAGCAUCAAAUAAUCUGUCACAAUCGGGAAGCUGGAAAUAAAAAGCCCUAACAUUACUUUAAAAAUACAAUUACAUUUCUGCAGAUGCCACCAUUUGUUUAGGCGUGAACGUUUGACCUUUAACCUGUUUUAUUAUGUUUUAAAAACUCUUUGCUCUAACUGAGCAGCCAUGAUUAAAACAGUUCAGCCGUGUGAGUGGUUUCAUGUUAAACUAUUCUACAAUGCUAUGUUAAAAGUGUUAAAGCUAACCUUUGAUUUGAUUAUUCAGUCAAGAUCUCUGUGAACAUGAACAGACAGAGUGUCAGUGUGGUGAAUUAUGCUUUUUAUCAUUCAACAGCAGGAAAUUUAAAAGGAUUUAAUAAAUUUCAAGUUAUUAGAAACAAAGUUGAAAUUAUUUCCAGUAAAUCCAACAGAAGUAAGUUAUGUUAAGGCCUCUGUCAUGAGGACGUUUCUCAAAGUCAAACAGUGAAACUCAGAACUGAUACAUUUUAUCUCUAAUCCAGAAAUCUAACAUGGUUGUGUUUCAAGCAUAAAUUAACAGGUAAUACUGUAAGACCAUGUAAAAGAUGAUCCAAGCUCCAUGAAACUGGAAAAAACCCUAAACUGAACCAGAUGUCACUUCAAAAACACACUGAUCCUGCAUCAGACACAGGACAUUCUGGGCUAUAACCUCAAAUAGUUUAUGACUGCAUCUCAAGAUAGAAAAAAAUAAAAAUAAAAAUACACUUAAAAUCAAAUCUGAACGUUUAAUGUGCAUUUCGUACAGCACAACAUGCUUGUAGUUUACACACCGUGACUGAGAGAUGAUCAAAACCUAAAUGUAGAUCAUUUAAUCUACUGGAACGCACCACUGGCUUCUCACAAUGUUAAAGAAACUGUACUUUUUGACUUAUGGGGUAUGGGGAUAUGGUGCAUGCAUUGUUUCAAAGAGGUAAAUUAUGUAUAAAAUUUCAAAAUGGCAGAAGUCGUCUACAUCUUUUGACUUGUUAUUGAGAAGCAGGGAUGAGUGUACGGAGAAACUACCAGAAAUACUGUGUUGGGACUCAACUGUUAUGAAAUACUGCCCAAAACGUUGACUGCUAUGAACUCCCUGGUAACUAACGUGAAGAUACAGUAGAUCAUGUCCACACAAAGCUCCUAAUUUGUGCACACACUUGACUCGAUCCAAGAAGUUGAGUCAUCCAUCGACACCCUGUAGAAUCCCUCCAUAUCUAAUUUCUCUGGGCUUGGUCCACAAAAUCUUAGCCAAAGCGACUGAACUGGUGGUCUACAACAGAAAUAACGAAAGAUUCAAAAUAACACACCGCCUUUACCACCAAUGCAUGCACCAGAUUUAUACCCAACGACGAAACAUCCCUGGGUACAAGUUGACGGAGUGACAAACUGACUCACUAAUCAAACCCAAAGCGUGAUUUGUCCAUUUAUGGAACCAUCCAACCUGGGACUCACAAGAAACAUCAUGUGACUCGCAAUAAUGACUCUGGUCUCUGUUCUCAGAAAGCAAACCUCACUUCACACUUUAUGUUUUCUACACCCUCUCCCAACCCUGCUCCUGUACAGCUUAAUGACCAAGCCAAAGACUGGUUUAGGAAAAACUGUUCAUUCAGUGCUUUGUUGUGAAGGCUGAAGUCCCCCCCCCAGCCCACACACACACACACACACACACACACUCAUCAAAGGUCCCUAGAAAAUCAGUGUAGACGACGAAGGGUCAACCCUGACUAAUCCCAGCAGUUUGAAGAACUUCACAUGGAUUUGAACACCUAAUCUGUCAUCACUGUCACUUAUUUAUCACUCUGCUGUGACGGGGACGAGAUGAUUCAGAGGGAUUACGUUGCAAAAAAAAAAGUUAUUUUUCCCCCCAGAAACAAGAGUGAAGUUAUGAUUUUUUUUUAUUCUACUAGAAGUGGGCAGUUUGUUCAACCUUCAUGUAAAAAUUCACAGAUGUGUAUUACUUAAAAUGAAAUACGUUGCAUGUUGAAUUCUUUUCUUUGUUGUUUUAAAUCCAUCAAAGACGCAAAGAUGUGCUGUACUUGUAACAAUAUUUUUUUUCAGUUUUAAGUGUUAACAAAGUGGAUUCUUCAUCUCUCCAAAUGAAUUUAAGUCAAAUGUUUUUUUUGAGAUUAAAAUAUCUAUAUCUAAUA